AACAGCACUACGUGGGGACGCAGUUACUUUCGGCGGGAAACACAAAUUAUGAGCUCCUAGCUAAUGUUUGACUCAUUUUUAGUGUUUGACCUCAGCCUGACCUGUAAGGGAUAGAGAAAGGCUCCAUUGAGUAACAUAUUGGAAUACUUCUGGGAGGAAAGAGAGCCCUCAGCAUCAGAGCAAGCAGAACAUGGCAGCUGGGAAGAUGUGCAUCAGGAAGAGCAAGGAGGAAACUGCUGAGUGGACAGGAUUAUUCCUGAACGAGUUGAAAACCCAGCAGGAGUCCCUUGUGUUCGUCAAGAGGAUGAUGGCCGUGGCAAUCUCGUCCAUCACCUACCUCCGAGGGAUUUUUCCGGAGAAUGCCUACAGAUCCAGAUAUCUGGAAGAUUUGUGCAUCAAAGUUUUGCGUGAAGACUGCAGCACUUCUGGAGCCAGUAAAGUUGUGAAAUGGAUGAUGGGCUGCUUCGAUGCGUUAGAGAGGCAGUAUCUCCAGAUUGUUUUUAUUGGGGUGUACACCAAUCCAGAUCAACCUAAUUGCAUUAUUGAGUCAUACCAGUUCAAAUUCAAAUACACAGAGAAGGGACCGGAGAUGGACAUACUCAGGAACAAUGAUGUGGAGGUGCAGGUCACAAUGGAGGACACCAAGAGAGCCUCUGUGCUGCUCAUCAGAAAGCUCUUCCUGCUCAUGCAGAACCUGGACACCCUCCCCAACAACGUCUACCUCACCAUGAAGCUCUACUACUAUGAUGACAUCACCCCUGCUGACUACCAACCACCAGGCUUCAGGGAGGGCGAAUCUGACAGCCUCUGGUUUGAAGGUGUCGCUGUGCACUUCAAGGUGGGCGAGGUGCAGACGGCCUUCCACACAUUGAGAGUGCGUGUGUCAGCGGAACAAAGCCGGCUGGAGAAGCUUCAAGAGGGGAACCACCUAAGGGAGACCAAGCAGGUUUCUCAGAAAUGUUCUCCAGAGAGGGAAAUGAUCAAGGAACCCUGCAAGAAAAUCUCUGACGAAGAGUAUCUACCCUCAGAAGAUGAGUCUGCACAGUUCAAGAAACCUACAAGACCCAUGGCAAAGAGAAAUGCAGCUACCAAAAAUCUGUCAAGGAAAAAAAGAAGAACUUAGCCACGACACAACACACAAAACAAAGGCAUUCAGCAAUGUAAACACUAAUAUGAAGUACUUCUUCAUUUUAUUACAAUGUUCAGCACUGUUUAAUGUUAUGUUACAACAGAUAUUAUAGGCAAAUGUGUUAGACAGGUUCCCUUCAUGAUAAUCUCUCCCGGCAAGGCAGGAUGAUAACGUCACAGUUCGAAUUUUGACAACGUUGUACAAAAAGUCUACAUGAACUGUACAAUCUAGAUUAAUUAAAUCAAUACAAUGUUCAAAGUGCUUCAUUAUUAGGUAUACAAAAAUAUACUGAUAUGUUUAAGAAAUAAAGCUUGACUUGUAAACAA